UUAGCCAUUUAGUGGAAUGCGUACCACCAGUGGGUAUGUUAAUUUAUACUAUUUUUGUUAAAUAGUGGAUAACACUGUUAGUGAUAGUGUUUGGGUGAAGUAUAAAAAGUUUGUGGUUCUCUCGUGUUACUUAUCAAUUUAAGAAAAAUGCGUGAUUUAGUUUGCAAACAUUUUCCAUCAGUAAAUUGAAUGUGUUUAUGCAAAAUGUUGCUUUUGUUCCUACGUCAUAAAUCCAUUCCUUUGUUGACGUCUCAACAGAGCAAACUGUCAAUGCGCUCACGGUGCAAUCGACAGUGUUUACUUUUGCAUCGAAAGUGUUGCUUUGAGCAGAAAAUUAACAAAAUCACCUUAAAAAAGUGGCGCAACAUGCCUCUUAUUGUCAUCACCGGUUUACCGCGCAGUGGGAAAUCAUCCCGCGCAAAAGAGUUGGAACAAUAUUUUACCGACAAUGGUAAAGAACCCGUCCAUAUCGUGUCUGAAGCGGACUGUAUUGCACGGUCCGGGUACGGUGUGAAGGAAAGCUUCACCGAUACGACGAAGGAAAAACAAAUCCGAGCCAGUCUCAAGUCGGAAGCGAUGAAACUACUCACCAAAACAUCGCUGGUCAUCCUGGACGGAACGAAUUAUAUUAAAGGGUAUCGGUACGAAAUCUUCUGCAUGAGCAAAAACGCUCGUACGACCCAAUGCACGCUACAUUGUGCCAUGACCGUUGAACAGCGGGAUGCUCGAAGAAAUGAGAUUGUACAAAGUCUGACCACCAGUGGGAGUGAUCUGGAUGUCGAUACGUUUGAUGCCCUUUGUCAACGGUAUGAGGAACCGCAGGACAGCAGCCGUUGGGAUCGCCCGUUGUUCACCAUUUAUGGUGAGGAGACGCUGAAUCUUAUCCAAAUCAACAGCGCUUUAUACGACCAGGCACCGUUGCCACCGAAUUUAGCCACACAAAAUAUGCCACUUAGUGCAACGAAUUUUCUUUUCGAGCUGGAUAAAACAACGCAAACAAUCAUCGAUCAGAUUGCUUCCGCUAGGAAAAUUGGCCUCGACGGCCCCGUAGAGAUUCCCCAGGCGGGAAUGCGCGCGGAAGUGCCGUCCAGUAUGAGUGUAGCGCAGUUAAAUCGUCAUCGAAGACAGUUUUUAAAUUACGUUAAAAUGCAUACAAACGUUAGCUCGGAUAUUAGUAAAAUACCGGCAAUUUUUGUACAAUUUCUCAAUACGAAUACAAAUGGCGCUUAAACUAGCGUUUAACCAAA